AUGCCAUGUAAGCUUUCAUGCAUCCACGUUGGCCUCAUCAUCGUCUCGCGUUCCCUUGGCAGCAUAAAGCCUCCCUUUUACCCUCGACAACCCAAGGAUCAGAGUGAAUUGAAUUGCCCAUCUACUGUUGCACCGCAUAACAGUGACAGAAUAAUUACGCCUUUGUAUCUUCUUCACCCUUCACCUUUCCAAAACAUACAGACAAUGCGCCAAGCCAUUUACACCAUUCUUCGUUGA